AAAAAAUUCUCUGGAAUUUUUCAAAUUUUCCACCGAUUUUUCAACACAUACGAUCAUUUUUAAAUUAGUGACGUCACAAUUCUCGUACCCUGUAUAUCAAAAUGUAUCCCCGUAAAAGUCCAAGAAAGGAAGACAACAAAAUGGCGGCUAGCGAGUCAACUACAGAUGAUUCACUUUAUCCCAUCGCAGUAUUAAUCGACGAAUUAAGAAACGAAGAUGUUCAGGUAUUCGUUAAAUCUAUUAUUUUAAGUUUAAAAUCCAUUCUAGUAGCCCUCGGUUUACGCCAUCAAUUAUCGAGCAUUGUUUUUUUUUUAACUGUAUGACUUGCAGACACUAUAUAUGAUGAGGAUGAAGUUCUACUAGCUUUAGCUGAGCAGUUGGGAAAUUUUACAACUUUAGUGGGAGGUCCAGAAUAUGUACAUUGUCUCUUACCACCAUUAGAAAGUCUAGCUACAGUUGAAGAGACUGUCGUAAGAGACAAGGCAGUAGAAUCUCUAAGGAACAUAUCACAGAAGCAUAGUUCAGCUGAUUUAGAGCAAUACUUUGUACCUCUUGUAAAAAGAUUAGCAUCAGGUGACUGGUUUACUUCUCGAACAUCAGCAUGUGGACUCUUCAGCGUAUGUUAUCCCAGAGUUUCAAGUAGUGUGAAAGCAGAAUUACGAAACCAUUUCAGAAAUCUUUGUCAAGAUGACACUCCAAUGGUCCGCAGAGCUGCAGCAAGCAAGCUUGGUGAAUUUGCUAAAGUAGUAGAAUUAGAAUAUGUGAAAUCUGAUUUGAUUCCCAUGUGGGCUAGUUUGGCUCAAGAUGAACAAGAUUCAGUUAGAUUGCUUGGGGUGGAAGCUUGUGUUUCCAUUGCUGAAUUAUUACCUCAUGACGACGUCGAACAGUUUGUGAUGGCUACUUUGAGACAAGCAGCAGAAGACAAAUCUUGGAGAGUGAGAUACAUGGUUGCUGAUAAAUUUACAGAGCUACAAAAAGCCGUAGGUCCUGACAUUACAAAAACCGACCUAGUUCCAGCUUUCCAAAGUUUGUUGAAAGACUGUGAAGCAGAAGUUAGAGCAGCCGCAGCUAAUAAAGUCAGAGAUUUCUGUCAGAAUCUUUCUGCAGAUGUACAGGAACAAGUAAUCAUGACCAAUAUUUUGCCCUGUGUAAAAGACCUAGUCUCAGAUCCAAAUCAGCAUGUAAAAUCUGCAUUAGCAUCUGUAAUAAUGGGCUUAUCUCCAAUUUUAGGCAAACACAAUACCAUUGAACAUCUACUUCCUAUGUUUUUAUCUCAGUUGAAAGAUGAGUGUCCAGAAGUGAGACUUAAUAUCAUUUCCAAUUUAGAUUGUGUAAAUGAGGUAAUUGGUAUUCAACAAUUAUCGCAAAGUCUCUUACCAGCUAUCGUCGAGUUGGCAGAGGACACUAAAUGGCGUGUUCGCCUUGCAAUUAUUGAAUACAUGCCUCUUCUAGCUGGUCAACUUGGUGUUGAAUUUUUUGAUGAAAAACUGAAUACGCUGUGUAUGACGUGGCUAGUAGAUCAUGUUUUUGCUAUUAGAGAAGCUGCCACACAAAAUUUGAAAAAAUUAGUAGAAAAAUUUGGUCCAGAUUGGGCUACGAAUACAGUCAUCCCAAAAGUUCUUACAAUGUCACGGGACCAGAAUUACCUCCAUCGUAUGACAUGCCUUUUCUGUAUAAAUGUCCUAGCAGAAGCAUGUGGGGCAGAAAUAACCAACAGAUUAAUGCUGCCUACUGUACUCGGACUGGCCAAUGAUAAUGUAGCAAAUGUUCGAUUUAAUGUAGCAAAAACCUUACAGAGGAUAGGUCCCAUUUUGGAUAAGGGAACAUUACAAAGUCACAUUAAACCCUGUUUGGAUAGAUUAAUGAAUGAUGCCGAUGUAGAUGUAAGAUACUUUGCAUCAGAAGCAUCAGAGUGUAAGCAUCUGUUUGAAAGAGAAAUUUGAAAGGAUUAAUCUAAAUGUUUUUUUGUUUUUAAAUUAUGAAUUUUUUAAAAAAUAAGUACAUAACUAUUAAAAAUUUAAUUUAUAAAUUGCAACAACAAAAAAAAAAUUACAGUUUAAAAUUUAUUUGGUACCAUCCCUUUUGAGAAAAUCUGGACCUUAUCAGAAGAAAUACAUAAAAAUAGACAAUAGAAUUUUCAAAUCUCUUACGAUUUGAAACUUAGAUAUUGUAAAUUUUUUUAAGGAUUAGAAUAUUACUUUCAUAACAAACACUUUUAAUUUUUGAAGGAUUUGGUAAUUAAUUAGAGGAAAAAAAAUGAAAAGCAUGUUACUGCACCAUUUUAUCUAAUAAAUAAAUGUAUUCCACCUAGUGUAUGUUUUU